AUGGUUCUGAAAUAUUUUCUAUUUUUUGUAUCGACUAGUUUUGCUUUGUAAGUUUAUUGGGGAUGGAUUUUAGUGAUGUUAAAUUGUACAUUCUAAAAUCUGUGGUUGGAAAAAGUUUGACGUCAAUGAAUAAGAACGAAAAUAUUGAAGGAUUUCUUUGAUAUUCAAAUUUUUUGGGGAUUUUUCUAAGGGCUUUUCGAAAUGGAACCUUGAAAAAUUGAUUGAACCAAAACUAACCAGUUCCUUUUUUAUCUCACCUUUCUCCCAACCAGAAAUAAUUUCCAGAGGUCCACCUGGAAUAUCAAUCGAUGAUACUCCAAUAACCGUAACUUCUGCUCGCACAGCACCUCCUCAAGUGAUCUUCACACCUGCAACAACACUUCGUCCACCACCAGUUCGACGUGUAGUCGCAGUUGCAACAACACAACGUCCAGUUGCGCAGCCUCAACAGAAAUGGCCACAAUCUCAAUCUCAAGAUCCUUGGAGUGACAAUCGUCCACCACCUCCACCCUGGUGGGAUAGACCUCCUCCGCCUUGGGGAUGGCCACAUCCACCCCCGCCGCCACAUCAUAGACCUCCGUGGGGUUGGCCACCUCCGCCACAUCAUCGCGGAUGGCCACAUCCGCCGCCGCCACCGCCUCCAGAAUGGGAUAAUAAUCAAUGGGGUUGA